AUGUUGGCUGUUGAUCUCUUGAACCCUUCUCACGCUCUUGAGCAGAAGACCCACAAGUUGAAGAGACUCGUGCAGUCUCCCAACUCUUACUUCAUGGACGUGAAGUGCCCUGGAUGCGUCCAGAUCACCACCGUCUUCUCCCAUGCCCAGACUGUUGUCAUGUGCUCGAGCUGCGCCAACGUUCUUGCUCAGCCCACCGGUGGUAUCACCCGCUUGACCGAGGGCUGCUCUUUCCGCCGCAAGCAGGCUUAAGCGUUUGUCCUAAAUCCUGAAAUAAAACUGCUGGAAUGCAAUACAAGUGUUUAUUUCCACAACUGAGAUUGUCAAUAUUUCACAGC